UUGUUGUUGUUGUUGAAGAAAGAUAGGAUUCAAAAUGGUUAGAGCUCUGGUUCAGCAAAGCGUUCAGCAAUCAAGAUCAUUCCAAUUCAAGAGAACCGUGGAGCUUCCUGGAAGAAAAACCCAUAGUUUGAUUUCAGAGGGUGGACAAGAGGGUCAUGGUUCAAGAGAUUCUUCAGAAUCCCAAAGAAUUGGAUGGGCAUUGAGUGACAAUAAAAGCCCGGUUUCGUGUUUCGAUGGACAUGGUAUCAAAGCAAGAUGUCUACGAUGUCAACCUACCUCUGAUUUGGAAUUGAUGAUAGCAAAGUUUGCUAAAUUGCUUCUGGGUGAGGAUAUGUCAGGAGGUGGAAAGGGUGUUUCUUCUGCCCUGGCUUUGUCUAAUUCUAUAACAAACCUAGCAGCGUCUACUUUUGGGGAGCAGAAGCUCGAGUCGUUAUCUUCGGAGAAGAAAACGAGAUGGAGAAGAGAAAUAGAAUGGUUUUUAUCUGUAACCGAUCACAUUGUUGAAUUUGUCCCUUCAAAACAAAGGACAAAAGCUGGAAUAGACAUGGAGAUCAUGGUGACUUUACAAAGGAAUGAUUUGCUCAUGAACAUUCCAGCACUUAGAAAACUAGAUGCCAUGUUAAUUGGUUACCUGGAUCAAUUUGGUAAACUAGAUGAAUUUUGGUAUGUAUCAAGAGAUGAUGAAUCUAUUACAGAUUAUACACAGAGGGAUGGAGACAAAUGGUGGCUACCAGCAGUUAAGGUACCUCCGAACGGGCUAUCCGAAGUUACUCGAAAAUGGCUGCUGUUUCAGAAGGAAUCUGUGAACCAAAUUCUAAAAGCAGCCAUGGCCAUAAACGCUCAGGUAUUGACAGAAAUGGAAGUACCAGAAAGCUACAUUGAAUCUCUCCCAAAGAAUGGAAAAACAAGCUUGGGAGAUGCAAUCUACAGGAGCAUAACAGAUGAUUAUUUUAAUCCAGAGGAAUUCCUAAAAUCAAUGGACUUGUCGACAGAAUACAAAGUGAUUGAUCUUAAGAACAGGAUUGAGGCCUCAAUUGUGAUAUGGACGAGGAAGAUGCAUCAAAAGGAUGGAAAGUCCACAUGGGGUUCAGCAGUGAGCUUUGAGAAAAGAGAGAUUUUUGAAGAGAGAGUUGAAAGCAUCUUGUUCUUAAUUAAACAAAGAUUUCCAGGGAUUUCUCAAUCUGCUCUUGAUGUAUCCAAAAUACAACAUAACAAGGAUGUAGGACAAGCAAUCCUAGAAAGCUAUUCAAGGGUGAUAGAAAGCUUGGCUUUUAAUAUCAUGUCCAGGAUUGAGGAUGUACUUUAUGCAGACACUGUUGCUCGAGAAUUGUUGAUCGAGCAGUCGUCUGAGAACGUCUCUGUGGAUACAGAGAAGCAGCUGAGUCCCAAUGGCUCCCCACCUUCAAAGACACUCUCAGAUUUCAUGGGUUGGGACGUUGACAAUGAUAAACUUAAUACAGAAUCAUUGUCCACUAAGGAGAGUUGCUGUAAAGAAGACGUGACCCUUGUGAGCAAAGCUGCUGAUGUUGUAACACCAAAAAAAUUGUCUUACUUAGAGAAGCUUGAGAAUUUAAGUGCUUUAAGAAGUCCAACAGCUCGCCAUUAAUCAAAAGGUAGAAACUGAAGGAGAGAGGUAAAAAAGGAGAGGUAAGAAAAGGUAAAAAGGGAGAAGCUAAAAAGAAGGGAUACAGUGUCAUAUUUUGAAGUUUCACCCGAUGUAAAAAUUCAGACCCAUGUAGGAUUCUAUUAACCUAUUCUUUUGUAGGGCUUCCUUCUAGCGAAGGAAAUAGAAGUUUUCUUUUUUUAUGUAUAUAUAUAUAUUUUUUUUAACCUUGGGGUUUGAGCAUUUAAUAUGUACAUUCUUUCUAGUUGUAUUGACUUGAAGCUAAUCUAACAUUUCAUUUUUUUGUUUAUUUUUUAGGCCCUUUUCAUAGUAAGAGGAUAUAUUUUGAACUUCAUUCAUUUACCAAUGUUG